CGUUCUUGUUUGAAGCCAGCCUUCUUUGCUCGCCUGGUUAACACCCUGCUUUCCACACGAGUUAAGGCUGCUGUGCUUACACUGCUAUCAGCCGCACAACGUCCUUCAGCCUGCGAGCAUUUCCCCCCCUGGCGGCGGGCGGGAAGAGCGCCUGAGGCGAGGCCACGCCUCUCCACGAGACGCCGCUAUGCGCAUGCGCAGCCGGCGCACCGCCACAGCCGUCCGGUAGCGGAGGCACCGUCGUGCACGGCGCGCUGCCGCCAUGGGCGAAGCGACGCGACCCCAGCGCCCCGGGAUCGGCGUAGGGGUGGUGGUCACCAGCCCCGCGCACCCCAACUGCGUCCUGCUGGGCAAGAGGAAAGGCCCGAUAGGAGCCGGCACGUACCAGCUCCCCGGAGGCCAUCUGGAGUUCGGGGAGAGCCUGGCGGAGUGCGCCGCCAGAGAGACGCUGGAGGAGGCGGCGCUGCGCCUGCGCAACGUGCGCUUCGCUUCCGCCGUCAACGCCGUGUGCGCCGCCGCGCGCUACCACUACGUCACCGUCCUCAUGAAGGGCGAGGCUGAGCCCGGGGAGGAGCCGCACAACUGCGAGCCCGACAAGAACGAGGGUUGGGAGUGGGUUAAAUGGGAUGAGUUUCCCCCAGCAGAGCAGCUCUUCUGGGCCCUGCGGUGCCUGAGGGAACAAGGCUACAACCCUUUUACGGAAGACCUCGAUCACCUGAAGGGGUACACAGGGAGCCAUCAGCUGGCAUGAAACCUGGUGGUGUGACAGCCCAAAGGACAGUGAGCCAUCAGCUGCUUCUGUGGUGCAGAAAUCAAAAGGACGCGUCAUCCUGGCUUUGCCCGUGUCUGAACUGCAGUUACCAACGUGUCAUGUGCUGCAGUGCUUUCGCCUGAGUUGUCGUGCAUCCAGGAGGUACACAGGGCUGCCUUCCAAGCAACUGCAAACAUCUUCUGUAGCUGUUAAUGAUUAAUGUUUUCCUUUAGGCAUACUGUUUUAUCUGGGGAAUCUUUAUACAGAUGAGAUGCCCUGUGGAAGUAAAUGAGAAGCUCACUUGGAAACAGCUGUAACGGCAUGCCCAAGGGAAAAUGAUUUGUUUAAAGCAACGGUCCUGGUUUCUUCAUAAAGCUGUUUUGUAUAUCAUGUUGCUUUCCUGCAAGUAUACAUCUAACCUGGCCUAGUGUUAAAUGUGGAGGUCGGCAGCCCUGCCUGCAGCAGGGGGGUUGGAGCUUGAUGAUCUCUGAGGUCCCUUCCAACCCAAACCGUUCUGUGAUUCUAUGAUUUUGGACCAAUCUUUAAACUUAGCCUUGUUUCAUAGCUCCAGUUAAGAUGCUUUCAGUGUUUCUGUGAAAAAAAAGUCCAUUUCCACAGAAUGUCAUGUUCUCCUACGCUAUACUUGGAAAUCAGUAUUAUCAGUAUUAUAAACAUUAAAAGAUUGCUGCAGAGAAUGAAAA